GUCAGUUCUGAACCUGUUUUAUCGUAAACCCAUCUAUUUGAAUUAUGUGGAGAAGAAAAAUGAAUUAUCUUUGUGAGGAAAACGUAGAUAGGGACGAUGACAGUUUUGAUUUUCGUAUCUAUAACGAUGUAGCUGUUGACUUGGAUAGCAGUUAUAGCGAGAGCAGUGAUAGUGAUAUUCUUGUUGCUGGAAGAAGAAGAAAAAUAAGAAAACUUUCAUCGAGCGAGGAAAGUGCAGAUGAUGGAGAACCACAGGAAGAAAAUCUAAGCAGAAGUAUUUGCAACCAGAUCACGGUGGAUGCUAAGAAGGAGAAAAACUACAAACGACGCAUCGGUAAGAGACAGUGGAGAACGAGGGAUGAUGAGGCGAACGAAGGGCGAACAGGCGCGACCAGAGCUCGUUCUACGUUAUGUUACACAGCGACAUAUCCGAGCGCGACGAUUCUAACGCGUGACAGAGAAAAACGAAACGGCAAGCGGAGGAGGAGAAAGAAGCGGAACGGACACGGGACUGUCGGCACGACAGCAAGCAAGACAGGCGAGAGAGAGCGAGCGAAACGGUGAAAGGAUAGUACAGAGGGAGGAUGGGCAGACAGGCGAGAAAGAGAGGGUGCGAACGCGUUGCAUCUCGAGCGUCGGCAGGUUAUCCGGGGGCGAGGGUGGCACCACGGGCAUUAAAUAUACACGCUGAUUUGUCGUCCGCGGAUUGUCACCUCUGAUAGCUUUCAUUUUGUUGUAUAUCGGUGGCGGGCGCGCUCGCCCCGCACGCGCUCCGCGCUUUUCCACGUAAUUCGGCCCGCUUGAUUGACUUUUGAGCUGGCCUUUAUGGCGAUAUUCGUUGCGCCAACGAAUGCGCCAGCGCUCGAAUCCGUUCCCCAUCCCGCCUCCUCCUCCCCCU